CGAUCAGUGGUACAGGAUGAAGGUAAGAAGAGGCAGGUGAGUCUACAUGCUCUUGCAAACUCCUCCACAGUGGUAGAGCCACACUGAAGUCGGCUCGGACUCAGGCCAGGUGGUGUUCAGAGAUCUACUGAGUAAUGGAUUCUCAAAUUGUUAAACCUAUGUUAUAGGACAAAGGCCACCACUUUGUAAAGGCCUGACAUACAGGUUGCUGCUGAAUGAGGAAGACCUCAGAUAGAGGGCAGAUUUUCUCUGCAAGGUCACAAACCAGGUGCUCUAGGAUAAGAUUCACUGCCAUGCUAUCCUCUAUCCUGUUUUGGGGUCUUAUUGCCCUCAUUGGCACUUCCAAGGGCUCCUACCCUUUCACUCACUCAAUGAACCCUCACCUGCAACCCCGCCUGUACCAUGGCUGUUAUGGUGACAUCAUGAACAUGGAGGCCUCUGGCGUGGCCUGCGAUAUAACCAGGUUGAUGAACUGUGGAAUUCGUGGUUCUGAAAUGUUUGCUGAGAUAGAUUUGAGAGCUUUAAAGACUUACCAGACUCUGAUCAAAGAAGUUGGGCUGAGGCAUUGUGUGGACCCUGCUCUCAUUGCUGCCAUCAUCUCCAGAGAGAGCCACGGUGGAGCCAUCCUGCAAGAUGGCUGGGACCACAGGGGACUGAAAUUUGGCUUGAUGCAGCUUGAUAAAAAAAUUCAUCACCUUGUUGGUGAUUGGGACAGCAAAGAACACCUUUUGCAAGCUGUUGGGAUUCUAACAGACAAAACUAAGACGAUCCAGAAAAAAUUCCCCACGUGGAGUGUGGCUCAGCACCUCAAGGGUGGUCUCUCAGCCUUUAAGUCAGGAAUUGAUGCCAUUGCUACCCCUGAGGACAUAGACAAUGACUUGGUCAAUGAUCUUCUUGCCCGAGCUAAAUUCUAUAGAAGACACAGCUUCUAGGCAAAGAUCUGUAGGUGUACCAGGCUGGCAGGUGCUCAGAUGGCCCCUCCUUGAUAUGGAUGUGCUGUACCCAACACUGGCCAAGGUUACAAUUAUGACAGAAAAUUUCCCAAUUGUCUUAAUGCAACUAUUAAAACUAAAGAAAAGAAAAUCCAUGCAGUUCACAAUAUGGUUCCUGUAGAAAUGCACAUAAUUAUUUUGUAGUAAAUGUGAAUAUUAUGGUAAGUGACAUCUACAUACUCCAGUGAGGCCUUAUUUUGGCUCACAAUUUCAGUGCCCACCUACUCCCUGUCUUACCAGAAGUGCUAACAGGAGGAGAGUCUGACCUGAGCCUUUGUCCUCUUCCGAGUAUUUGCCCAAGUCACUAAGGCUUAGCGUGUGAGAAGUGACUUACAAGCCAAUCAACCUGUGGGGUGAUGAUGAAGCUCAGGAUGGAAUUCCAGCUCCGUGAGUAACUGAGUGCUGACCGUGGUGAAGCUCAUCUUCCUCAAGUGAUGUGCACCACAUCCCCCAGGUCCACACCAACCUCUUCCAUCUUCUUCCUCUUGUUUGCUGAAGAUCCAGGGACUGGCUUCUUUUCUUCCAUUUUCAGUAGUUGCUGCCACAUGCUAUUUCAAGGGCCUUGCUCCCCACAAAACAGGCUGAAGAUAAGCAUAUAGGACCCAAAUUAGUUAUGAUUCAUUAGUUACAAACAACGAUAACUAACCAAUUCUGGAAAAUGUAAGCAAUAAAAGGAAAUUACUGGAAAGCUACCAAAAAGCUAACAGAAUCAACAAGAAGGUCAAGGACAUGAAGAGAAACUAGGCAAAUCUGGGGUUUGGGUAGCAAGAACCCAUUGACCUACUUUAUAGCAACCCCACUGCCUGAAUAAGCUAGCGCUUUCACUGUGUGAGUUCACUCCAAACACUCUCUCUCCCAUCCUUUCAUCAUUCUGCUCCACUUUCACAGUAUAGCAGGGAGUCUCUGGUGGACUUCCCUUGGGUCACAGACAGGCCUACACCUUGCCUGCUCUGCUCUUUGGUCUUGUCCAGACUACCACUACCCACAAUGGAGAAGAGCCAAUUCCCUAGAAUGAAACCUGGCACAAUUGCUGCUUUACUUCCAUACUCAAAUGAGGACACAAAUAAUAAAAUGUUGGAGGGUAAAGCUCUCAAAGCCCCUGCUGAUGUGGCCCCUGCUGGGGCUUUAGUUCCCUUUGGAGAUGUACCCAUCAUUUCUCUUUCUGAGGAGGAAUCAAAAUCAUACUCACCUACCUCUGAGCCUUCUUGAAGAAAGCCAAGUAAACUCUUCUUUGCCCAGCCUCUCAACAAAAUCUGAAGAUUUAACCUACACAGAACUGAGAUCCCUGUGUUUCACUGGGAGAAGCCAGUGGUCUACUGGUGUCACAGCCCUGCAGCAAUACAGGCAGUUAAUAAUUGGUUGAGGACGAUGCUGUACCUGUUGUUAAAUAUUUUUAUUAACUCUGCAUGUGGGCAAUCCAAGACAUUCUUUGGAUGUUCACUUUGCUUAAGAAUGAUUUCUUCUGGGCUUCCCCCCACAGGCAAGCACUGCAUCUAGUCGCCCCUUCAAUGUCACUACUGAAGCAACAAAGUGCAUCCAGGUGAAAUAAUUUCCAAGUAAUUUAAAGAACAAGAAACAGCAUGCUGACUUACACCCUGAAUCUGUUCCCCCAGUAUUCUCUUUAUACCAAGAGAUGUUCUACAGGAGAGGCCAUAUUUAAGGCCAUGUCUUAAUCUGGUUCCCACAGAAGCAGACCCUGAGGCAAGGAUUCAAGUGCAAGUAGUUCAUCUGAGGGGUGCAGGGAAUGCUGGUGUCUCUCAGUGACAGAGAGAAGGGAAGUUAGUCAAUAAGCAUGUGUCCUCAAGCCACCUACCACGGUGGCCACUGGAGCUCAACCCUCCAAGGAAACAUGGAGGAAUGAUACAAAACACACACUUCAGAACUAGUCCACCCAAGGGACAAGGAGCUGGGGUAUUUAUACAUCAACUUCUAAGAGUCAUUGAUCAAGGGAUCUGCCUGUUGGGAUAUUAAUCCUUGGCUCCUCUGGUCUGCCAUGCAAGAAGGCAGCACACUUUUCUGCAGUUCCAAGAACAAGAGGCUGUAGGCACAGAGAGGCAGAUACUGGCAUUGGAAAUCAGCUGAAAAUCCUGAAAUCUUUAGGGACAUGAGAAGGGCACUGACAGCAUCUGUUUCACAGGGUUAGAUAUACCUGGAGGCUGAGAAUAUCCCUCCAAGGUUGCUUUCCUCUAUGACCUAACAACACAGUAAGAACAAUCUGGAAAUAACACACAAGCCUCAUCAUGCCUCAUGAUUUCCAUUAUAUAGUAGAAUUACUAGUUAGAUACAAUAGAAUGAUCCCAAUCUACUGUCCUGGUUGAUUCCCAGAGAUUUGCUGAGAAUAAUAAAUGUUAGACUCAAAUGUGCCUCCAUCACAUAUUUUUUUUUUACAUAUUACAUAUUACAUUACAUUUCAGUCAUCUUCAAUUUUCUUUGUUUUUUUUUUGCCUGUGUCCUCUUCAGGGAUAAUGAAUUGCUCAAUGUUUUCAUCCUAUGUAUAAAAUAUCCCUUCUUUUACUUGUCUAAAAGCUAAGCUCUCAUUGGAAGAUGAAGAAUGAUUGUCUUAUAAAUACAUUUUCAAGCCAAAAUUUAAAAAAAAAUUUCCCUGGCUGGACUUACUCACAAUUACAUUCUUAUCCUUUAUCUUUCUUAGCCAUCAAUUUUAAGCAUUUAAGAUUAAGAUUUUAAGCAUCAGUGCUGAGAAGAUCAUUAGGAGUCACAGAUAUGGAAGCAGACACUUCUUUCCCCUACUUUCUCUGCCUUAUGCUAAGAGAACAUAUUUAGGAAAAUAGACUUAAGAGUCAAACCUACCUCAGCGGAGUUGUGAAGACUAAAGGAGAUCAUAUGUGAGAAAUCACUAAGUGAUCAUUAGUGGCAGUGUCCCCAGAAUAAGAUGCCUUGCAAGCCAGGGGUGGUCACAAGGACACAGGACUUCUGAGAGAGA